CGAAGUGUCACAGAUCUGUGUGUGUUAAAAUAUGUCUACCAUCAUCACCGUCACAUUCGAACGCAAAAUGUUUUACCACAAUUAAGUGUAACACCAUCAUGCGAUAUUCGUGAAUUCAAUCACAUUAAUUUUGAGUGAACAAUAUUGUGUAGCCUAACGUUUGAUGCUGUGCGAAAAUGAGUCGUGAUUACGAUCAUUUGUUUAAACUGUUAAUAAUCGGUGAUAGUGGUGUAGGAAAAUCCUCACUGCUGAUACGAUUCUCGGACAACACAUUUUCGGGAAAUUACAUAACGACAAUAGGCGUUGACUUCAAAAUCCGAACAGUACUCAUAAAUGGUCAACGAGUUAAAUUACAAAUUUGGGAUACAGCUGGUCAGGAGCGAUUUAGAACAAUUACAAGCACGUACUACAGAGGAACACAUGGCGUUAUAAUUGUUUAUGAUGUUACAAAUGGUGAAUCAUUUGCGAAUGUGAAACGCUGGUUGCAAGAAAUUGAACAUAACUGUGAUGUCGUUAAUAAAAUUUUAGUUGGAAAUAAAAACGAUGACCCAAAUCGAAAAGUUGUCAUUACGGAGGACGCUCAACGGUUUGCUAAACAAAUGGAUAUUCAAUUGUUCGAGACAUCAGCCAAAGACAAUAUUAAUGUAGAAGAAAUGUUUUUAACAAUCACCGAAAAAGUGCUACGACAUAAGUUACAACAAAAUGCACAGAAUUCUGAGCCAAACGAUAAAGUUACGUUGAAAAAAUCGCACGGGAAGAAGAAAUCCAAAUGCUGUUGAAAUAAUGUGUGUCGAGUGGAUGCGGAUGGAUAUUAUAAUAACAAUUGGGGUAUUAUGUGAAUGAAAUAUACAUCUCUAAUAGGCAGUGCUUAUAUUUAGUGGCUAAAAUAAAUUAUGUACAGACGAACGGUAAUACUUAUUAUAAUACAAUACACACACACAGUAUGAUAAUAAUCCAACAAUGAACAAAGCAAAGAAAAUAAAAGAAAAAAAUUCUUUUCGUUAA